AUGAGUAACGGUGAACGCUGGAAGCAGCUGAGACGCUUCACUCUGACCACAGUGAGAGACUUUGGGAUGGGACGAAAGGCCAUGGACUCAUGGAUCCAAGAGGAGAGCACACAAAUGAUCGGACGAUUCCACUCAUUCAAUGCCAAGCCGGUUGAUCCCACAUUUUUAUUAAGCCAAACCGUGUCCAAUGUGAUCUGCUGUCUAGUGUUUGGGGAACGCUUCGUCUAUGAGGACAAACAAUUUGUUAAACUACUGGAGGCUUUUAACUCAUUUAUCAAGUUUAACAGCAGUCCUUUGUACAAUAUCAUGCCCUGGCUUUUGGAUCGUCUACCUGGUUAUCACAAAACCGUUUUUCAAGAAAUUGAUGACGUCAGAGAGUUCUGUAGGGUAAAGAUUGAAGAGCACAGGAAAACCCUGGACCCGGCCUCUCCUCGGGACUUCAUUGACUGCUUUCUCAUGCGCAUGAACCAGGAGAAUGACAAUGCUGACAGCGAGUUCCACUUUGAAAACCUGUGGUCCACAGUUCUUAACCUGUUCGCAGCCGGAUCAGAAACGACCAGCUCCACCAUCAGAUUCGCCCUCAGCAUCUUCAUCAAAUACCCCCACAUUCAGAAGAAGAUGCAGGAGGAGAUCGACGCUGUGAUUGGCCAAGGACGUAGUCCCAACAUGGAUGACAGGAAGUCCCUCCCCUUCUGUGAUGCGGCCCUCCAUGAGGGCACUUUCAUAUUCUCUGUGCUACAUUCCGUGCUGAAAGGGGAAAAGGAUUGGGCUACUCCCCUCAGGUUUAACCCCGAGCACUUUCUGGAUCACAAUGGGAACUUUAAGAAGAAUCCAGCCUUUUUGCCGUUUGCCAUAGGGAAAAGGUCCUGUCCAGGAGAAUCUCUGGCCCGUAUGGAGAUCUUCAUCUUUGUUGUGUCACUGCUUCAGCACUUCAGCUUCUCGUGCAGCGGAGGCCCAGACAGUAUCAACCUGACUCCUGAAGCCGGCGGCUUUGGAAACGUGCCCCGAAAAUACGAGAUCAUUGCCACACCGCGGUCAUUAUAA